GCGCUGGGUCAACCUGGCGAAUGUAAAGAAUCCUCAAGUGCCGCGCCAGAGCUAGAUUUUCGAGUGGAACGAUCCCAUUCGUUAACCCGCACGACAAUAAUGGUUAAGAAGAAUGCCAAUGAAAUAUAUAGCAUUGGUGAGCUUGUUGGUCAUGAUCUGAAAAAUUUAAUCAAUGGUGCAGAUGAUCAUUCUGAUGAACGUUUAAUCCAAGAAGAUACCGUUUCAACAUUUAUUCAA